UUAAAAAUCCCUAAAACGAAAACAAAAACCCCCAAAACCGAAAAAGAAAUUAUAAACAAAAAAUUAAAUAAAAUUUUUUUAUUUUUAUUUUUCGAAUUUCUCUCUCUAAAAAUCUCAAUAAACAGAAAAUAUCAAUGGAACCCAAUGAAACCCAUCAUCACCAACACUACUUCACCACCACCACCACCACCACCACUGUCACCACCACUCCGUCAACGACCAAUGGGCUUCUCCUCCAUAAUGAAAGUGGGGGGUCCCACAACAUGUUGUACCCUCAUUCGGUGCCUUCGGCGGUGACGUCGCCGUUGGAGCCUACCAGGAGGAAGAGAGGGAGGCCUAGGAAGUAUGGAACCCCGGAACAGGCCAUGGCAGCUAAGAAAACGGCGUCGUUGAGCUCCAAGGAACGGCGUGAACAGCAGCAGCUGCAGCAGUUGGCUCUUGGUGGUACCAGUGGUUCGCUUUCUGGGUCUUCUAAGAAGUCUCAGUUUGUUUUAGGCAAUGCUGGUCAAAGUUUUACUCCACACGUUAUCAAUGUAGUUGCAGGAGAGGAUGUUGGCCAAAAGGUAAUGAUGUUCAUGCAACAAAACAAGCACGAAAUAUGUAUUUUGUCUGCAUCUGGUACAAUCUCUAAUGCAUCUCUCCGACAGCCAGCAACAUCAGGUGGUAACAUAGCGUAUGAGGGCCGAUUUGAGAUAAUCUCACUCUCUGGAUCUUAUGUUCGGACUGAGAUUGGAGGGAGGACCGGUGGGCUCAGUGCAUGUCUAUUAAGUGCAGAUGGCCAGAUUAUAGGAGGAGGAGUUGGUGGACCUCUAAAGGCUGCAGGCCCGGUUCAGGUUAUUGUUGGUACAUUUAUGAUUGACAACAAGAAGGAUGUUAGUGCUGGUGCAAAAGGUGAUCCAGUUGGUGGGGCUUCUGUAUCUAAUGUAGGCUUUCGCUCUGCUUUUGAAACUUCAGGAAGAAAUCCAAUUGGGGGAAACGAUGAUCUUCAUCAUCAGAGUUUUGGAGGAAGUCAUUUCAUGAUGCAACCACAGGGCAUGCAUAUGACAUCUCGGCCCACAGAUUGGAGUACUGGUCUGGGUGAUAGAACUGGUUUUGAGUUGACAGGAAAAACAGGCCUUGGAAUUCAUCAAUCGCCGCAAAAUGGGGAGUAUGGUCAUAUGGCAGAUUAGAUAUUUGUUUUGUCGUAGGUAGUUAAACCACAACUUGUUUUUACAAAUAGUGAAUAGAUGUACAACUCCUCGCCCCAUGCACCAUUGCUGCAGUGUAAUAUUAUAUAUCUGUACAGGUCGGUCCGAAUUUGUUACUCCCUUGUUAGUUGAUACAUUUGACUGAUUAGAGACUAUGCACUGACCUUUGAAAACCAUAGUGCUUUGCUUAAUAGUUGAAAUGCGUUCUUCCUAA